AUGACAAUGACAAGGCAAGCUUUCCUGGACCCCAGUCAAUCGUUUGCCCGAGGGCGCCGCAUACACCAUCCUCAACAAGAGACCAGUCGAAGUAUUCCUGAGAUCUUUUCGAAGGGCCUGCUCAUCAGCAACCUCAAUGGAUACCGGCUGGAGUUCGUGCUCAUGGAGUACUGCGGCCAGUCAAUGGCCGAGUAUCUGAAAGUCAAGACUGACAAUCAGAAGGCUGAGCUGGUUCCUGGCUUUGUCAAGCAGCUGACCCUGUGCCUUGCCCAGGCAAAUGACACUGGUGUCCUGCACAGGGACAUCUCAGCAGGGAAUGUGUGCAUCAAAAACGACAAGGUGUAUGUCAUUGACUGGGGCUGUGCCAAGGUCAUUGGCUGGGGCACUGCUGAGGAUGCUGCCAGGGACACUGACCCAACCCAACUCAAGCACAUUGAUGUUGCCAAGCAGUGGGGUGGAGGUGGCCAAGGACCCAUUUACAGGGACGCCGUUUUCAUGGGAAUUCCCAUGCUCAGCAGCAGCCCCAUCCGGGGAAUCCUUGACGACAUGGAGAGUGUUUUCUAUGUCGUUAUGGAUGCAGUGCGCUCAGCUGAUACUAAGAGAGAUGACGUUCAGGGCUUCAAAUUUCUGGACAGUCAAAGCCUGGCUUUGAGUCGGUACAGCAUCAUGAUGGUUGAGGAAAAGUAUCUGGAGUUGUUUGGGAUAGGAAAUCCAAGCAAGAUAUUCAGGGAUCUAUUCCACUCAAUGCGCCGGUUCUUAUUUGAACCGGGAAAUCAGUACAUUAGCCACCAGCUCUGGUGGGACAGUACAUUUAAACGACAGGCUAACUGGGAUGCUGCUCCCAGAUUUAUGCAUCCCCAGGCAAUUGAGCUCCUCAAAGAGGAUAAUGGCCAGCUUAAGCGACCAGCUGAGGACGAGAUCAAUGCUGGGUCAUUCAAGAAGCUAGCACUUUAGGUUUUUUUGUUUUUAAUAAAUCUUUUACGACCC